GCCAUACUGCCACAGCACAGUUCGAAGAGGAAACAGAGAGUCGCAGAUAUUGACCUCAAUACUUAAAUAACCUGAAACGAUUACAUGUUGUACUGAUCGCAGAUGUACUGAUUAUCACAAAGUUUACGUGGUGUCAGAAGCUCGGCUGUCGCAAAGUUUUUAGUUUACUUUUCUUUAGCAACGGUAAUGUUGCUGCUGCUUGGUUUAAGUAGACUUUUUAGAGUAUCACGUUUUAAACUUCGAGGGAAUAUAAUAAUGUCAAAUGAGGUUUGUAACGCGAGAACGCCGUGUUCACAACAGACCGCAAGUGAGAGCGAAUCAGAUUCAAACUCUCGUGCUAAAAACACAAAUAUGAUAUAUGACACGCGCACGUUUUCAGAAAAUGAUAGUUUAAUUCACAAACUCCACCGAGAAGCAUGCAAGGUAAGAGCAAAUUUAAACACGAUUAUUUGCACUUGUCUUCGUAUGGUGUCACACUUAAAGGGGAUCGUGUAGAUACACCAGAGCUUUGAGUCAGUGACCGUGGAGAAGACUACCAGGCAUUGUUGACAUGAAAGAUGCCAUGUGUGCUUGUAAAAAAUAAAAGUAUUUUAAAAGACCCCUGAACUCUUCUAAGGACAUUUCCCAUAGACUUUCCUCUUAGGCAACUAAAAAAAGAGCAUACUGCACCCUAGUAAAAUGCUUCUUCCCCUGUAUCUGGAAGACUGGGUCAUUUUUUCAAAGUUUCUUUUUGCUGUCAGGAGCAAUGCAAUUUGAUUUUAGAGAGGAAGUUAUGGAAGACCGGUGGACUUGAGGAAUGCACAGAGCACUGGAUGCACAAACAGUGCCAACUUCACUAUGGAGCCAAAGGAUGGCAUCUGAAAUGGCAUGCCACUGAAGUGCCUCAGGCCCUUUUGCCGUUGGAGGCUGUCAGAGAUGAAGCCAGUGCUCGCCUCUCUCGAAAUGAUGCUUACAAAUUCCUGAAAGGCCUUCCUAUUGUGUUUGCCAAUAAUCAGGAAAGAACAUACAUUGACCCGACAACAGGCUACAAGGUGUUCACUGAGUUUGCCCAUAGGAAAAGAGGAAGAUGUUGUGGGAGUGCCUGCAGACAUUGUCCAUAUGGGCAAGUUAAUGUGGAGGAUCCAGCUAAGAAGAAAACCUUCAACUCUUUGUUUUAUGUAUAGCGGUAAAUGUGAAGAUCUACUGAACAAUUAAUUUUGUGUACUCCCAUACUGAAUUUGGACUUCUUUUAAUGCGCAUCCACUACACCAGAUGUGCAACCCACACUACAGGAAAUGGUUAGAAUCACAUCUAUCCUCUGUGAUUUGACAUACAGGAGUUGGUGUGCCAGAAGUAUUCCACAAGCAGGAAUUUUUGUGGCAAUGAAUAUUCAUAUAGUUAAUUUUUAACAAUAACUUAAUAACCUUUAAAGACAAACCUACCAUGAGCUCCGAGGUUGUUAAUCAAUGGUAUAUGCUUCUGAUGAAGCCAUCAGUCUGCCUUAUUUCAACGUAACUUUUUAGAAACCAUAUUUAAUAGUGGAAUUCCUUGCAAAGAACUGCUUUACCCAUGAUCCUGAAGAAAAAUGGUGGACCGAUCAGAAAGCUGUGGCCAACAAAGUGUGCCAAACAAGCUCUGCAGCGACCACCCACUUGCAAUACAAGUACACAAUCUUGUACCUUUUUUAAAAUCAAAUUUUCAAAUACUUUUUUGCUUCAAAUCAAAGUUUUUAACACCAUGAUUCACCUCGGAGCUGGUUGGUUUGGUUCAUGGCAUGAAAUCACUCUGCGCUCUAUUUUUUAAGCAAUAAGAUUCAAGAUGCCGUACUAUAAUGAAAAAAAGCACAAUCUCAAACAUAAUUACUUUUAUAAAAUGGUUCUACUAUUAAAACAAUUAUUGGCACACUUUUGCAUUCAUUUUUUUAUUUUACUUUUCAUUUAAUAGUGCAUUCAUAUACAGGUACACAGUAGCUAGAUGAACAGGUGUUUUGUAUCAUAGCUGUUACUUUAUCAUGUAUUUCAGAAUGGCUGGAAUGCUGUAUUCUUAAAUCAAUAUCAAGGACCAAAACUGUCUUAAUCAGUUUUCUGCAAAAACAGUCAUGCAUAAUGAGAUCACAGUUUGCCUUCUUUAUGUCCAUUUACAUUUUUUUGUAACAUGUUACAUACAGAAUGAAUGUGUUUCAAGAAUCCAUGAGCCCAAGCCAUAUUUUGAAACUCUGUAUACAACAUAUUUUGUCAUUAAGGGUUAAGCAUUACAUUAAGUAUAUGAUUGAAUCAUAUAGUUAAAAAACAUGUGAAAUA